UUGAGACAUGUCUAUAACAAUAUGAGGGUAAAUUAUGACAAAAUGUUCAUUUUUUGGUGAACUAUCCCUUUAAAAUAAUCCCUGGGAAACCACCCCUAAGUGUUUAAAUGCCUCUUUUUCAUCUCUAGCACACCCAUAGAGAAAAGGGAUUGAGACCUUCAGUUAAGCUCCUCCUACAACAUUCCACCAAUAAAUACUGGAGUCAAACACACAGAGAAAUCAAUCACUCCAUGUGAGACAACUGAAAUCUUGUUGGUGCUGGUAAAAGAGAAGUUUGAGAAGAUGAGAGAUCCACAACCAUGCAGAACGGAGAAUGAAGAUACAGAGGAACAAAAAGAUACGAUGGAAGGGAAUAAGGACGGUCAAGCUGAAGUGGAUGGGAAACAUCAAAAUGUAAAUGUUUCACAGAAAGGAUCUCUGAGAAGAGAAGACAUAAAGUGUAAAAGGAGUUUCAGAAAACCUGGAGGCCCUGCGGAUCACAUGAGGACUCAAAAUGGAAGGAAACCAUUCACGUGUCGUCUGUGUGGGAAGAGCUUCAGAAUCAAAGCACUCAUUAACGCACAUAUGAGAAUUCACACUGGAAAGAAACCAUUUAAAUGUCAUCAAUGUGGAAAGUUUUUCAGAUUUUAUAGUGCCCUUAAGAAACACAUGAGAAUUCACACUGGAGAAAAACCGUACAAAUGCCAGCAGUGUGGAAAGAGUUUUGCCAAUGGAAGUAACCUUAAUAAACACAUGAGAAUUCACACUGGAGAGAAACCGUACACAUGUCAUCAGUGUGGUAAGAGUUUUGCCAUUGAAAAUAACCUCAAGAUACACAUGAGAAUCCACACUGGAGAGAAACCAUUCAAAUGCAGUCAGUGUGACAAACGUUUCACCCAAAAAUCAUGUGUUAAAACGCACAUGAGAAUUCACACUGGAGAGAAACCAUUCACAUGUAAACAGUGUGGGAAGAGUUUUGCCCAUAAAUCAACCAUGGACUACCACAUGAGAAUUCACACUGGAGAGAAACCGUUCAAAUGCAGUGAGAAUGAGAAGAGUUUUACCACUAGAAGUAACCUUAAUACAAACAUGAGAAUUCAAACAGAAGAGAAACCAUUCAAAUGCAGUCAGUGUGACAAACGUUUCGCCCAACAAUCAGGUGUUGAUAGACACAUGAGGGUUCACACCGGAGAGAAACCUUUUGAAUGUCAUCAAUGUGGAAAGUUCUUCGGAUGUUCUGGUGCCCUCAUUAAACACAAGAGAAUUCACACCGGAGAGAAACCUUUUGAAUGUCAUCAAUGUGGAAAGUUUUUCAGAUGCUCCAGUUCCCUUAUUAAACACAUGAGAAUUCACACUGGAGAGAAACCUUACUCGUGUCAUCAUUGUGGUAAGAGUUUUGCCCAACAUUCAGGUUUAACAACACACAUGAGAACUCACACCGGAGAGAAACCGUUCAAAUGCAGUCAGUGUGACAAAAGUUUCACCCAACAAUCAGGUGUUGAUAGACACAUGAGUAUUCACACCGGAGAAAAACCUUUUGAAUGUCAUCAAUGUGGGAAGUUCUUCAAAUGUAAUCGUGCUCUCAAUACACACAUGAGGAUUCACACUGGAGAGAAACCGUUCACAUGCCAGCAGUGUGGAAAGAGUUUUAUCACCAGUAGUCACCUUAAUACACAUAUGAGAAUUCACACCGGAGAGAAACCGUUCAAAUGCAGUCAGUGUGACAAAAGUUUCACCCAACAAUCAGGUGUUGAUAGUCACAUGAGAAUUCACACUGAAGAUAAACCUUACAAAUGCAGUGAGUGUACGAAGAGUUUUACCACUGGAAGUGACCUUAAUACACACAUGACAAUUCACACCGGAGAGAAACCAAUCAAAUGCAGUCAGUGUGACAAAAGAUUCACCCACAAAUCAAGUCUUGAUAGACACAUGAAAAUUCACACUGGAGAGAACACUUUUGAAUGUCAUCAAUGUGGAAAGUUUUUCAACUCCUGUAGUACCCUUAACAGACACAUGAGUGUUCACACUGGAGAAAAACCCUUCAAAUGCAGUCAGUGUGACAAAAGUUUCACCCAACAAUCAGCUGUUAAUAAACACAUGAAAAUUCACACCGGAGAAAAACCUUUUGAAUGUCAUCAAUGUGGAAAGUUUUUCAGAUGCUCUAGUAGCCGUAAUACACACAUGAGAAUUCACACUGGAGAGAAACCGUUCACAUGCCAGCAGUGUGGAAAGAGCUUUACCACCGCUGGUAACCUUAAGGAACACAUGAGAGUUCACACCGGAGAGAAACCUUUCGAAUGUCAUCAAUGUGGAAAAACGUUCAGCGGUUAUAGUAGCCUUUAUGCACACAUGAGAAUUCACACUGGAGAGAAAGCGUUCACCUGUCAUCUGUGUGGAAAGAGCUUUAUCACCGGUGGUCACCUUAAGACACACAUGAUAACUCACACUUGCAGUCAGUGUGGAAAGAGUUUCCGGGAUAAAAACACACUUAAGACGCACAAAAGAAUUCACACCAGAGAGAAAUCUUAGCGUGGAGACGCUUCGAAGAAUCGCAUGAGAACUCACACCGGAAUCUUACAGUCCACAUGAGGGUUUACACUGGAGAGAAACCAUUUACGUGUAAACAGUGUGGGAAGAAUUUCACAUGGAAAUGUAGUUUCAGAAUUUAUCAGCGCUCUUACUCUGGAGAAAAGCCAUUUAAAUGUGAUGAGUGCAGUAAAAUGUUUAAAUCCUCAUCAUAUUUGAUGAUACAAAUGAGUGUUCAUGCAGUGGAAGAGUUUCAUUGCAAAACGAGAUAAAUCCAUUUUUAACAUUUUUGUCAAAACAUGUUUAUUAUUAUGUUAUCAUCAGUGUUGGGGAAAGUUACUUUCAAAAGUAAUGCAUUACAAUAUUAAGUUACUCCCCAAAAAAGUAACUCAUUGCGUUACUUAGUUACUUUUCAUGGAAAGUAAUGCUUACGUUACUUUUAAGUUACUUUUGCGUUACUUUUUCUUACUUGGCUGAGGAUCUCUUUCAGGCUUUACAGGUGUUUUGUUAUGAUUGCAAAAAUAUCAAGCUCUGGCCUGCCAUCUCCGUUUCUAACUCAAACGUUUCGCGCUAAGGCGCACAGAGUGUGAAUUAAUUAAACUGAAAAGUAACUCGCAUUACUUUUUUAAAAAAGUAACUCAAAAUUAAUGUGUACGUUUACAAUGUAAAGCGUUACUUUACUCGUUACUUCAGAAAAGUCAUAUUAUUACGUAAUGUGCGUUACUUGUAAUGCGUUACCCCCAACACUGGUUAUCAUGUUAUUAUUUUGUUUUAUGGUGCUACUUAGCUGUAUUUUUUAAGUUAUGAAGGUUUAAAUCAAAACAAACCAACUGCAGUUGAAUUGAUAUUAAUUGGAAUGGACAAACAAAAAACGAGAUUUCUGAAAAAUAAAAAAAACGGAGUUAUAUCGUUUUGCAACGAAACUCUUCAAUUGUAAAAUCUUAGUUGUGUACUGAUUGUUUUAAAGUCUUUGUCUGAUUGAAAUAAAAAAAACAUGUUGGUUUGAGAUGUCAUUUGUGCGAACAAGGUACUACUGGACCCCAAUGUUCAGUUUGGGACCCCCAGACCCUGUUCAAGUUUUUUAUUCUGAUAUUUCAUGACUUUUUUAAAUAACAUAAGAUAAAUUGAGAAUUUUUGUUUUUUACUUGUUGGCUACACAUGUGAUGAACCCAGUAAUAAAGGUUAUUCUGACCACAA